AUGAUCGUCGUCGUCUCGCCGGCACCAUCACCGGAGGAUAAUCAUCAUCUUCAUCUUCAUGUUCUUCAUCAAGCUCCAGCUUCAGCUCCGGCUUCAUGGCUACCGAAUUCAACGUCAAAGCCACCGGUUCGAUUCAGUCCGCCUUUGAUAGCGAUGGUUGUGAUCAUCGCCACAGCGUUUAUCACAAUCACAUACUCCCGAGCCAUUUCCCGACGAUUCCUCCGUCUACGUCGGAGCUGGCGACAGUGGCGAAGGCGGCGACGUCUUCUCCGUUCUUACGUUCCGUCGUCUGUUGGAAACGGCGACAUCGAGUCCCCUGCGUACUCAGGCGAAGAAUCGUAUGAUCCGACUUAUGGUUAUCAGAUGUUUUCGCCAUACGGUUUGGAUGACGCUGUUAUCAAAACGAUUCCGUUAUCUGUUCACAGUAGGAAAAGCAGUGUUCAUGAAUGCGCGGUUUGUUUAUUGGAAUUCGAAGAUAACGAUUACGUUCGUACUUUACCGGUUUGUUACCACGCUUUUCAUGUGGAAUGUAUCGAUGUUUGGCUGAGAUGUCACGCUAACUGUCCUCUAUGUCGAGCGAGUGUUUUCCGGCCAGAAUCGCCGUUUAUUCCGGUGAUGUCGGCCAGAAUCCGUCCCAAUUUCGAAGACGUGAUUAUCGAGAGCCCGAUUAUAGAGCCGUCGCCGGUACCGGAGCAUGUUAGUCAUCAAGUUGACAGUACUAUUUCAGUAAGCGAGAUUACACAGGAGGCAUCUCCAAUUAGGAUUCCAUCCGAGGAUCGGUUUAUCAGGAGAGACUUCCUUCUCAAACGAUCAUACUCAUUCGGAUUCGAGCGUAAUUUAGGAUCAGAGAGACUCGUAAUCGAACCAGCGACGGCGUCUCCAUGGAGAUACCGCCGAGGCGGAGGAAGUUUCUGGAGCAAAAGACCAUCUCCAUUCAGUACAAAAUCCAGAGUAUUCUCCUUCCGAUACUACCGAGGCAUGAAGUCGCCAUUCUUCCGGCGGCGAGGCGGAAGCUUCCUUCCAUUAUCCGAAUCCAGCGUCCGGUACGCCGACAGCGGCGGCGGCGGCGGAAGCUCAUCACGUCGGAGAAAAUCAUUCGCAAGCCCAAUUUUCAUGAGACAAUCAGGGGUAAACUCAGGAAUGUUCUCAUCAAGCCGGUUACGCAGCGGUGAUCCGGAAGCAUUGCUGUCACCGGAGAGAUAUAACCGACGGUGA